ACUGAAGUAUCCAAUGGGACCUGACAAACUUAUUCCAGCCUAUGUCAUUGCCAAGCCUCAGGGACUGGCCGUCCUGUCACUCUUCAAAGCAGGUUUCAUGAUGACUGUGAGGGGCGGCAGUGGGAUAGUGAUCGCAAGGCACACUGAUGGAACCAUUGGCAUCGCUGGACUCGGUGGAGUAUUUGAAAUUGGUCUGGAGAUGAGUUCAGCACCAGCUAGACCACGGCCUCCCACACAGAGAGCUGCUUCCUCCUACAUACCCAGGCACAGGGUAAGACCCCGAGUGACCUCUCAAAUCCUCACACCAUUCAUCUUUCAGAGUAAUAAUAACUGACUGAACUGGUGCUGUUGUAAUGUUGAAGGAAAGUUUCUAUAUCUUUGCUUCUGACAUUGUGACUUAUUUAUGCUUGUGUUGAUAAAAAGUAAUAUUUUUGCAGCUUCUGCAGCUGUGAAACUAGCUCUGUAUCCAAGCUUAGACAACUGGGAUACCGAAGAUCAAGCAUCAGGUGGCGCUUUAGUGGUCGCCAGCAUCCUGGAGAUCUGAGCUUUGUUCUAGAAGAUCACAUCACUGUUUUCACUAAAACCGACACGCAGAACGACUGGUGAGAAGGAGAACUAAGAGGGCAGGUUGGGAUAUUCCCAGCUAAUUGUGUGUCGUAUAGCUGAAGGUACAAAAAGAAAAAGAAAAGAAACAUCUCAAACUGAUGACAAAUGAUGUCUGGCAUUGAAGGGUCCUUUUCUUUUGCACAGUUUGAAAUUACAUUUCAUGAUGAAGGAGUAUAUUUUUAAGAGCACUUGGGGUCAGUGAUCCCCUUAAGGCUCUGUUUUUCAAUGUUCCUGGCAUUGGUGAAAUA